GUCGCAGUUAAACUUUUCAGUUACAAAGGACGAUAAUCGCAUUCAGUUUAUGAUAGACAUAAUUGAGUAAUGCAUGGGCACGCUGACUGUUCCGUUCCACGUAAGGUUGAAGAAUUAUGUAGUGCAAAGGCUCGGAAUCAUUGCAUAGAUGUGAUAAGAGAGCUGACACCCAAGUGCGGUAGUCUGUGUGUUACCUGUUAGUGGUAGCCAGAAACGAUGUCGUUCAUUUUUUUAUGGUAGCGUAAACAGUUGUUAGUUGUACUGUACAUACACCGUUUCAUGCAGCCAGCAUUUUGAAGUGACUGCUGUAAAAAUGAAUGCCCACUGGGUCUCCUCAUUUCUAAUCCCCUUUCUCUCGUUAAUCUCCAGCAGCCGUGCCUCAUGGGGCGACCGCAACAACGUCUUCCAGGAUUGCCUGAGUCGAUGUCUGCGGCGCAGCUGCACGGUGCCGCGGGAACUCCUCGACGAGUUGCCCGCAGCGCUGGAGGAGGAUGACAACGGCGACCGUCUGACUGCGUGGACUAACACCCACCCGUGGUAUCUGCGGGCCCUGUUGUGGGAGUGCGAGGACGAGUGCAAGUACGAGUGCAUGUGGACCACCGUGGACGUCUUCCAGCGGGAGAAUCUCACCAUUCCCCAGUUCUACGGUAAGUGGCCGUUUGUCCGUCUGUUCGGGAUUCAGGAGCCGGCGUCGACGCUGUUCUCGGUGCUUAACGGCGUGUCCCACUGCUGGAUGCUGCAGAAAUUCGUCCAGAAUGUCCCCUCAUCGGCGCCCAUGUUCCGUGUGUGGUUUCUCUAUGGCUUGGCAUCGAUGAACGCGUGGUUCUGGUCGGCGGUGUUUCAUACUCGCGAUUUCUCCUUCACCGAGAAAAUGGACUAUUUCUCCGCAUUGCUGGGCGUGCUGUUCUCGUUUUAUGCCUUUUUACUGCGGAUUUACGGAUGUGGUCGCGGGAAAACCUGGAUAAUUCCGGCUGUUCCCCUGUUGAUUUUUUACUGCUAUCACGUCCACUACCUGUCCUUCGUCCGCUUCGAUUAUGGCUACAACAUGCUAGCUAACAUUACCGUUGGUGUCCUAAACUCCCUGGGGUGGCUGUUAUUCUGCAUCACCGUCGCCCUCACCAACCGCCACGCCCGUGUCCCGCGCUCCGUCUGGAAAUGCGCCCUGAGCGUCCUCGCCGUGGACGCCCUGAUGCUUCUGGAACUCCUCGACUUCCCGCCGUUCCUCUGGACCUUCGACGCGCAUUCUCUGUGGCAUCUAGGGACCAUCCCGCUGCCGCUGCUGUGGUACCGCUUCCUCAUCGACGACUGUCUCUACCUCCACCGCCUCGAACAGGCGCCCAAACGGAAAUAAGCCGCCGGUUAGGGAAAGGUCGGGAGGAUCUGCUCCACCGCUCGCUGCAGGGGUUUGACGGUGUUGCGAGGGUCCUGCUGCUGGCGGUGGGCCAUCAGGUGGUGGGCGUGUCUGAGGAAAUCGUGCUUGUGCUGCUGGGAUUGUUGGCGGAGGUCCCGAGCGUACUGGUCGGUGGCAUGGCGGAGGGCGGCGUCGCGGAUGUCGCGCUCGGCCUGGGUAAAAGGCAGCUCUUGUGAAGUAUUCUGAUUAAGUUUGUCUUACCAUUUUUAUGCGUUUUUGGUGUUUUGUAUUUUUUGCAUUUUUCAAAUCGCGGGAUUUACGUUGUACUGUGUACAGUAAAUUUGAUAAAUAAAA